UUGCAUAUCCCAUCCUCAAAUUAAACAAAUGGGUUCCUCGGUUUGCUUUAUUUUCCUUCUUUUCUCAUAUGCAAAUGCUCUCAAGCUGUGUGAUCGCUGUUUCAAUCAUGCAGGUGUAGGCCAUACCAACUUUCCCCCUGGACAGGAGUAUGCAGAUUUUACUUGUUAUUUAAGCGAUUCUGAGGCUUCACAACUGUCUGGCGGACACAUUGCUGCUGUUUCUGAUUCUUUCUAUGAGCGGGGAGUUGUGUGCGGUAAAUGCUAUCAGAUAAGAUGCACAGACAAAGAUCUGUGUAAUAGCAAAAGAAUUAAAGUGACAGUUACACGCCUUAGUAGAAAUCCUAACAAGGGAGAGUUCAUCCUCAACAAGGAAGCAUUCAAUGACUUGGCUAAGAAGGGCAAGGAAAGACAACUUUCAAAACUAUCUAAAGUUAUCUCGGAAUAUAAAAGUAUACCAUGUGUUUAUCAAAAUCAUAACUUAACAUUACGUCUCACCGGAUAUCAAUCAGACGACAAUGGUUGGAUAAUGGUUCGGACUCUUUUCCAAGGUGGUCAGACAGAGAUCAAGGACAUUGUUAUAUUUGGGGAUAAUGCAUCAGAUAAGGUACAUAUGAGGUGGGUAGAUGGUGGGCAAUGGCAGGCAUUGAGGGUCCCAGCUGGUAAUCUAACAUUUGCAUUGACGGUGGAGAAUAAUCUUACAUGGGUCACCCAUUACUGGAAGUCACACAUGCGUCCUCAGGACAUGGUCGCUGGCUACUACGACACAGGAAUUUUAAUUACUGAAAUUCAACCCGAGUUAUGUGAGAAGUGUGAUAAUUAAUUCCAAUCUCAACUUUUUUGUCGUUUUUUGUGAAAGCGAAUACUAGGCAUGACUCAAGUAUUAAGUGCUUAACAACUGGAGUACUGGACUAAAUGUUAUUAGAUUAAGAGUGUGUUUGGAUUGAGGGAUUUGGAGGAAGGGGAAGGGGGAUU